CGAUGAAGAGUAUAAAAGUUCGUUCGAUUUUGCCUGGUGAACAGUUCGAUCUUGCCUGGUGAAUUACGAGUAAAUUACUGAAGCACAAUGAAUUUUUUCAAGUUCGCAUUUUUCUUUGUUGUUUUGUUCAUGAUACUGAACUUUGAAUUGGCAGAUGCGGGAAAUAGCGGAAGCAAAGUCAAAAAGGGCGAUGUAAGCAAAAAAGGCAAGAAUGUUGUUGGUGAGAAAUUGGGUAAACUUGCCAAAGGCGCAAAGGAGGCACUUAUAUCUUGUGUCACGGAAGAAGUCUCUGAUGACGAAGAAUAUCCUGCCAAACGUAACCCAAAAAGUAUACUACCACCACUGCCAUAUCCGGCUGAAGAAAUUUUGAAAAAAGGGAAGGAACAACGAAGCAGAGCUAAGUUUAUUGCAGAACUUAAUUCGAGAUAAAAGCUAAUAGAGACGUCUAAAAUGUGAAAUAAAUGAUAAUAAUUUAUGUCUUUAUGUUCAUAAUAAAAAAUUAUAUAUUUCACUUUCAUAAUUCAUAAAAAAAUCUUCGGCCUCGUCCUCAAUGUAUUUAGAAUUUCUUAAUUCACGAAUAAACAUUUGUUUCGAAAUAAACAUAUCCACGUAAUA